AUGGAUAAAGAACAAUAUCACACUCAAGAGGUAUUAUUAAAAGCUCAGUAUAAUGAUGAGAUAUUGAAGGAAAAUCAAUUUAGAUGGGUUAUGUUCCCUAUAAAGUACAAAACAUUUUGGAAUUAUUACAAAGAAAUAGAGUCCCUUUUUUGGACUGCAGAAGAUCAUAACUUCGAUAAAGACAAGCCCUUUUUGAAUUCUAUGGAUAAAACUACAUUAUCUAAAUUGCUAGAACUAUUUUGCUUUUACAGUUUGAAAGAUUUACACUUACGCGAUGAGCAAGCAAUCAUAACGAGCAAAUUGUUAGAUAUCAUUCAAAUACCGGAAGGGAGAGCUUUUUAUGGGUUUCAAAUGUGCAUGGAAAAUAUACAUAAUGAAGUAUAUGCAUGUAUUUUUGAAUCAUAUUCUUUAGAUUCUAAACAAAAAAAAGAAAUAAUUGAUAAAGUACUAAAAUAUGAAAGUGUUUUUAAAAAACAAAAUUGGUUAUAUAACGAAUUUGAAGCUAAUAUUCCUUUUUAUAAUAAGCUUAUUCUUUUAUAUAUAUCAAAAGUACUUUUUAAUGGAGGUUUUAGUAUAUUAGCUAGCUAUUGUAAAGAAAAUAAUAUCUUAUCAUCUUUUACUGGAGUACAUGCAAAAAUACAAAGAGAUGAAUAUUUGCAAGGUGAUUUUUCUGUUAUGUGUUGUAAUCAUUUAAAUAAUAAAUUAAGAUAUGAGAAUGUAUUAAAUUAUUUUAAAGCUGCUGUUGAAUUAGAAUAUAAUUUUUGUGUAGACAUGUUAGAUUUUGAUUUUUUAAAAAUAACAAAAGACCAAGUAAAACAAUUUUUGCAAUAUUUAGCUGAUACUAUGUUACUUAAUUUAAAAUAUCCAAAACAUUACAAUUCAAAAUACCCAUUUGCUUGGAAAGAAUUCUCUAAGAUUGUUGUCAGUGAAAAUGCAAAGAAUGAAUCGGUUAAAAAGUCUAGUGAUCUUUAUGGAGAAAAACAAAUAACCUUUGAUGAAGAUUUUUAA